GAAGUGUAUGUAGAUUUUGCCUUUGUCAACACUGAUAAUUAUUAACGGCGGUUUCCGAGAUUCGGUCCAUCCAGCGAAACACAAAUAAAUAAUGGCAGCGUAGAAGAUCGAGGUAUCCUCGGAGAUUUUUCUCUCGCCUAAAGUUAUGUUUAAAUCGACGGAUCAUCGUGGCAGUAUGGCAGAUUGGUUUGCUAACUUGUACUUGAAAUGGCCAGCAGAUCUGGGAGCUGUGUGUGUCUGAGAGAACUGUAAUUAGCUGUUAUGGCGCCGUAAUCUUUCAUUCAGGAUGGGAGUUGUUUUUCCCAAGCCUUCAAAGAACUCUACUAUUUCAACAUUGGAAGGGAAAAAUGCUACCUUUACAGAAGGUAGUGUUGUUCCAGUUCGUGUGUCGAACGAGGGAUUUAAUCCAGCAGAACUUGUCCUGUAUCAAGGACAGAGCAUUUCAUUUGAAUGGAAUGACAGCACCUCCCAAGGUUUCAGAAUAGUUCAGGUUUGUGGUACAGAACUGAAUUGUGUUCCUGGUGGAUACAACAGUGGUGAUCUCACAGCUGAUGGAUCUUUCAAGGUGUACUUUAGGAGGAAAGGGCAAUUCACCUUCAUUAGUGAGUCAGUGGACCGUAGCUGUCUCGUAUUGCCUUUCAAGGUACAAGUAGUGGAGAAGCCAAUGAACAUCGUCACGAUAACAGGCAAAGGAUUUGAGCAGAUCUUGGUGGACAUUGAAGAAGGAGAAACUGUUCAUUGGAGCUGUAAAUAUGGAGAUUCUGAAGCUUUGUCUUGUGUUAUUCAAGAGAUGGAAUAUUGUUUUAAACAUGCUGGGUUUGUUCCUAAGAAAUCGAGGAUAAAUGUUCAUUCAACCCAUGAAAUGACAUUUCAGGACACAGGCCUGUACUACUUUUACCUUGAUAAGCAUGAAACAGACACAGACUGGCUUGAUGACUCAGCAAACCUGACUUGUGUUGUGAGAGUUACUCAAUUAAACAGGGAGUUCUCAAUUCAUCCAUCUGACGAGGGUCUAAAUCCAAGCAUGAUAUCAGCCAGAGUCCAUGAUAGAAUUUGGCUUCACUGUCCAACUAACAGGACUGUUGGGAGAAAGAUUUUAAAUGCUUGUAUUUAUAAAGAUACCAUAGCAAGUCCAUUGGUUUCAUCCAAACUGUGUGCUGGCUCAACCAGAAUUGCUGAACUUGUUUCCUAUCAAUUUGCUGAGCCUGGUCUUUAUCACUAUGUUUACAACAUGGCUGAUCUGUCACAGUUUAGAGGAUUUGCUGUUGUGCAACCAAAACCAGAGGAACAUGUUGUUGACAUUGUUGAUGGACACUUUAAACCUGUUGAACUGCUGCACUCCUUUAACCAGAAGGAAAUCUCUUUGCUCAGGAUGUGAUUGUGAGAAAUUGAGUGAUCAGGUGGAGUUUUUGAGACUGCUGGGACUGGUUACUCACAGGUUUGAUUCCAUAGGAGAGUUUAGUUAUCACUUGGUGCCCAAGGAUAACCAAUCUUUUCUAUCUACUUGCUGUUCAGUGGUGGUGCAGACAACUUCAAAGCAUCAUUCAGUCAAAGUUUGUGAUGGUUACUUUACACCAAAGAUUCUGAAUGUGCAUCCUGGAGACUGGGUGUGGUGGCAGUGGGGUGGUACCAAAAGACCCCAUAACAUCAAACAGGUGUCACACCAAUGGAUAUCAAUGACCAAUGGAUUUGAUAGUGGAAAGGCCACUAAAUCAGCAACUGCCUUUACACAUCUAUUUCAGGACCUUGGUAUAUUUUAUUUUGCAAGCAGUGGCAAUCCUGAAAUGCUUGGGGCUGUUGUGGUGACUCCAUCAUCUAAGGUACACAUAGCUGUUGUUACAGCUGAGGGAAUUCAGCCAGAUCCAUUGGUAGUAUCAGUGAAUGACUGUGUGACUUGGGUAUGGUCAGAUGGGACAUGCUGCAAUGUGCAAGAAAUGUCCUUGGCAGGUGAAGUUCGAGGAUCUGUGAAACCAUCACACAAAGUCCACUUUAAAAGGUGCCAUUCACACCUUUUUGGCAAAGCUGGAAUGUACCUCUUCUUAUGUUCAGGAUGUCACGACAGUGAAAGUGAGGUUCACAGUCAAAGAAAUGAAUCUUUCAUCCACUCUGUGCUAGUAGAGCCAGUCCCCUACUCGUGUAGGGUAGGAGUUUCUGCAGCUGAGGGGUUCAAACCAUCUGUUCUAACAAUAGAAAAGUCUCACUGUAUUCUUUGGACAUGGGAGAACCAAGGAGAUGAAGAACAUAACAUUCUUCAUGUAAGACCACCCCAGGCUAAAGAGCAGCCGCUCUCUCGUGUCGUUGGUCUGUCUGCCUUUAACAGUGGUCACAAGACAACUUGCAGCACAUUCUUUCACACAUUUGACGUAUCUGGAACAUAUUUCAUAUCAUCAGAAGGAACAGAUGGGUAUUUGUGUAAAGUGGAGGUCCUGGAAAAGGCGGUGCACGUUGCACAACCUGGGAUUCCUGCUGUAGAAAAAAAUGGAGGAGAUGUUGAAAGUGGUUAUCAAGUGUUCCUGGAGUGUGAAACAGAGGAAGCAGAUAUAUAUUACACUAAGGAUGGAUCGUACCCGGCUGAGUACAAUUCACAACUUAUGCAUUACAAUAAGAAGGAAGGAAUUUACCUUGCCCAAGCUGGAUUUGUUGUCAUUAGAGCUGUAGCCAAGAAAGAAGGCUGUGUAACCAGUUCAGUGUAUACUUCAAAACGUUUUUGGGUAAUUGCAAGCAAAGAUGUUGUUCAUGAAGAUUUAAUUGAUAAAGAGUCUGAGCAGGAACUGGGGACUGGGUCAGAGGAAGUAGAUUUAAAAGAAGAGUUUCAGCUUUUCCUAAACGGUCAACACUACGGUGGGUGGUUCAGCCCUCGCUGCAGAGGCUUGGUUGUCAGCGGUAUGAUAGGUGGAAAAGUGUACCACGUGGUAUUGGUAGCGUAUCCUACCAAAGAUUCAUUUGAACCCCAGCUCUCCAAUGAAGUGGUGGUUUCAUGCCCUUUACAAGCUUCAUCCGGGGGGCCGCUAGUAUCUCUAGAAGCCACCACCUCACCUGAUUCUCUUGUAAUUGUAUGGCCAAUCUAUUGUGAUCCUAACACUGCUGAUAUCGUAUCAUACUCCGUGAUUAUCAAUGACCAGCGGUUUGGAGAGCAGGUAAUACCGGAAUGGGAAAGUGGCUAUUGUAGAAUACUAUUUGAAAGCAGUAUGCAAGAUCAGAGUUACUCAUUGCGUGUAGUUUCUCAUUCUUCCCGUGGAUCAGAUUUUUUGUUGUACUCAAAUGAGGUAGAAUUCUCGCUGCCAAUAUCAGAGGAAAUUCUUGCGGGUGCUUUACAGAAAACAACAGCUGAAAGUUAUUCUGGGGAGGGUGACAAAAAUCAAGAUGGCGAAGCCGCACGGGAGCUGCUGUUAGUUGCUGAGCGAGUCACUUCAGAGUCGUGUGAGUCAGAACAAUCGGCUGAAGGUGAAGAGCUUUCUCUGAAAUCUGUCAUUAGUAAACUGCAGACAAUCCCUGAAGAUCAACAGUUGGAUGUUUUGGCUGCUGAGCCUGAUACAGAUGUUGAACAGGGAGUUUCAUCUGAAGAAAUGGACGAUUUAAAGACUAUGCUAGUGGACAAUGAACUGUUACACCGUCUUGAAAAGCAAGAAAACGCAGCUGGAGAUGGACUUGUUCCUUCAGGAUAUGAAGAAGCUGAUGUGAAAGAUGCAUCAGCUGACUUGUCAUCACCUCUGGGGGAAGUUGAGACUUGUACUGCAGUUAACGUUGAACUGGAUCCCGCUAUUUUCAGAGGCCUCGACGUAAGCCAUCGAGGAACAGACUCAAUUGUACGAUCGCUGGUAGACUCUACAGAAGAUGAGAGGAAAGCAAGUCAGCUGUAUGAAGAAGUUAUGGACGAGGCAACAACUGGGCGAGAAUCUAACGUUGAAAGUUACACUCCCACAGGCAUUGUAUAUAAUGAACUACAAGAGGAUGUUAUUGUUAAUCAGUGUGUUGUACGCGAUCACGGACCAACGGUAGAACAAGCAUCAGAGCAGGAUGUGGGAACUCAAAAAACACUGGAAAAUGGAGAAGGAAAAAGAACUCAGUUAAUGGAUAGCGACGAACAAUCGUCAUCGCAUGAAACGAGCGCUGAUCUUUGGGAUCAUAACGAAAAACAAGGCGACGAAGAUGCGACAAAGAAUGAAAAUUUUAUAGCCAAACGUGACAAGCUCAAUAGUCACGCAAAGAGUCACGUAGCGAGCCAGGGUAGUACCAAUCAUGACAGAGCUGGCGACAAUGGUGUCCAGGUCAGCUGGGACAAUGACAAACCUGAGGUUGAAUCAAGAAAAGAACCUGAUCAGGAAACUGUAGAAGACGGGAGUCAUUUCAAUGAUCUUGGGCACGAUACUUUCAUUGCUCACAGUCGAAGAAGUGAAGUAGGGAAGACAGACUUGUUCACAAGCGAUGGAAUGUCUUCUGAGAUGGCUGAUGAUUGCACUGAAAAGGUGGUAUGUGGUUUACCUAAGCAUGAUGCCUCAGGCGAGAGAGAAUUGCAAGAUAGUGACACAGCAAUAGAGGAUGGAAAUGUGCGUGGGGCAAGAGGUGAAUGCGUGAGAAAAGUGAUAUUACCCGACCACCGUGCGCAGCUUACUUUGGAGCGAAAUAAGUCAGAGCAACCAGUAAAAAACAGAGAACUGAAGGAUGAACACCAUCAAGGCGAAAGAGAUGAUAUAAAAUCAACAAGAAUACAGUUACAAAAUGCCUGUCAUGAAGAAGUAAACGGAAAACGUAAAAACGAGAACUUACAAGAAGAGUUGAUUGCUGCUGCAGUCGAAGUGUUACAAGAUUCACUCAACAAUUUCACACAAGUGAAACACAGAGCCAUUUCAGUGUCAGAGGAAAAAGAUGACUCCAAAGGAGCGAUUAACGAACGACUCAAGGAAGGCACCAACUCUGAAAAGGUCAUGUGUAUUGAAAACCAAUCUGCAGAUUUAACACGGCAGGAAAUGAAUUAUCAAAUUCAUGGACCUAAAAAUGCAAGAGACGGCAACCGACACGAAGUUGUGGACGACACUUGGUCGGCGUUCAGUAGCAAUGGCUCAGUGAAGAUUGAUAACGACAGAAUAAUGACUGUUGCUUUAGAAACAACAGAGAUGCCCACCUUUGAAGAAGCAUCGGUCGUAGGUGAUCCUAUGUUCGAGCUUAACAGUAAUCAAGAGGACGUAGACUUCCAAGUUGAAAGAGAAAAUAGGGAUUCCAACGUGAAGGAAGAGGAAGCAGAAGACCGUUUUCAAGGUGGAUCCAAACAUCUCCCCAGACCCCUUCUCGUAAUCAAAGGAACAACGCCCACCACCGUGACUCUGGAAUGGGAAUGGAAUUUGCUGCCCGGCCAGAUUGUUGGCGCAGAUAUUGUCUACUCUGUGUUUGCCCUCGGUAGAAAAUUUCACAGCGAUAUUAAUAGCAAUUUUUGUUUUAAUUUUGAAGACAGUCCAAUGAAGACAAUGUGGCCGAAUGAAAAUGCUCACUUCAAACAACACGCAUGGCGCACAACUGGCUGUGUUAUCGAGAUCACCGGCUUAAAACAGCGUUGUAGUUACAGAAUGGCCGUUCUGGGCCAGUUGAUGCCAUGUGCUGAUGAAAGCCUGUCACGCGUUAUUUCCUUUACCAUGCCUGGGCCGCCAAAGUCGCCAUUACUCCAUGUCAGAGACCUCCAGGAUAGACAGGUUACUCUGACGUGGAAGCCGCCCGCGUCUUUCGGAGAUGCAACUGUCGUGGGAUAUAGACUACUGAAAGAUGGCAAGGCAUUUAGGGAAGACCUAAGUUCUGAAACUCUCAGUCUGUCUUUAACUGGUUUAGAGGAAGGUGUAAUCCAUAACUUCAGUUUAUUAGCUCUGACUGGACACAGUGUAGGAGAUAGCAAACCUUCUAAUGCAGUCGUUGUACACUGUCCUAUUGCACCUGCAUCUCCAGAAAUUUACAUCAUAGAAUCCUCAACUUGGGGAUCUAUAUGCAUCGCAUGGAAACGUGAUAAGCUAGUGAGCUCCAGUUACUCAAAGAGACCUGUGCAGUCCAGCUACUGUGUCUUUGUAGAUGGAGUACUUCAUGGGGAAUGUGCGCUGGAUCAUGUGACCGACAUAUUCUCAGAUGAACACACUUAUACCAUUACAGACUGCAUAUUUGACCGCAAGUACAGUCUGAGCGUUAGAAAAUAUCUAAAUCCAGAUGCAGGUACCAGUGAAGAUAAGAAUAAGGUUUGUGUGUGUGGUUGCUAUGGUGAGAGCUCCAACAUUUUGGAGGUUUACUGCCCUGGACCACCAUCUUCCCCUGUGCCUCGGGUUUCUCACAUUGACCAAUCAGGAGUCACCUUGUCAUGGAGCAGGUCACGUGAAUAUGGUGGAGUAGCUUUGGAGGGCUACCUUCUCUGCAUAAAUGGUAAAUGGUCAGGAGAACUGUUUCCCCCAGAACAGCAAGAAACAAAAUUAACAGGUUUUAGGCCAGGAGAUGUCAUCCGCGUCCAGAUGGCUGCGGUUGCUUCAGAUCUUGGCGUUCCAAUAUCAGAAACAGUUAGCCAGGAAAUCAAUAAAGCGCGUUCCUUUCCGUCUUCAUUUGAAUUACUUGACAGUGGUGUGGAAAGUAGCUCAAGUUUGCUUUCCAAAGGUUCAGUCGACCAUUCAGAACAGUUAUCCCGCUCUCUAGGGCCGCCAUUGCUGAUCCAGUACUCCAACUUGGUUAGACCAAUUUCCAGGUUUGGACUGACGAAUGUGUGCUGUCGAUCUGUUUGCAUUACAUGGUCAUUGGAUGUUACAGCUUCUUGUUCCGUUGAGCCAGCGAUACUAAGAGCUUUUUGCUGGAAAACUACAAAGCAUCGAAGAUCUGCCGUGAGAUACAGGGUUGAAGAGAAGCCUUUCAGAAUCAAAGACCUUGAACCAGGAAUGGAGUACUAUGUAAUGUUAGAAUGUCUUGCGUCACACGUUAAUGACGACAGUUCCAAUGAACAGCCAAUCAACCGCAACCAAUCCCAGCCCAUCUCGUUCAAGACGGGCAUACCACCAGGCCCUCUCACUAAUAUUUACGUGAUCUCAGCUACAGAGCAAAGUAUCAAACUGGCCUGGGAGGCUCCAGUAGAACACGGUGUCCCUGCAGCCAUGAUACUAGUGAACGUAAAAAAGACCAGUCAGCAUUCAACUGAACAAGGCGUAAACUUUCACGUGUCCCCUGACUCCACCGCUUUUGAAUUUGAACAUUUGGCGUCAAGAACCCUAUACGCAUUUACAUUCAAGGUCUUAACUGAAGAUGACAUCUUCGACAUCUCUGAAGAGAGAAGUACGUCAAUUGCUAGUUUCUGUGCGUCUACAAACGGCGUGGAUGCCGCUGACAAACUUACACUAACGUCACGCACUCCUACUUCACUUUCCAUUAAAUGGCAGCCGGCUGAGGCUCAUGGGUUUUCCAUUAUUCAACACUAUAAAGUACAUUAUGAUCUAAACAGACGGCAACGUAAGAGGUCACGUGGUAAAGUGGUGCAGCAAGCGGAGACCGUGAAGGAUUUCGUUAUUGCGAGUGAGCGCUGUGAAGCAGCGUUAAGAGGACUGGAACCUGGUUGUGUUUAUAAGAUCGUUGUUCAGACGGUGGAAGGACUGAUGGACCAUUCGUAUGAGGAAAACUACGACAGUGACGACAGCGACACGAAUCCCGCUAAUAGCAGUACUCCAAGUGAGAAGCCAGCUGAUGUGCAACGAAUUCACCUAUCAGGACCCCUGUUAGUUUCGACCUUGGCCCCGCCUGAGUCGCCUGUGCUCAUGGUUAGCGAUUUUACUGCAACUCAAAUUCGUCUGACUUGGAAUCGACCUCUGGUUCUGUCACCAGUCACUAAUGAUGACGACAUUCCCUGUGGUCGCGUGCGUCAUUUAAAGGGUUUCCGUGUGCAAAUCAAUGGCCGCGUGUUCAGCAGAUUAACCGCUGACAAGACGAGCAUUACAAUCAAGAAAUGCAAGUCAGGAAUGAAGUACACCUGUGUGGUUGUGGCUGUGACUUGUCCUGAGAUGUUUGGUGGUCAUCAAAGGAAGCAGAGUGAACCGCCUGACACAGCCAUCAGCGACACAGACACAGAUGAAGAUGACAUCAAAUCAUCCUCUGAUUGUUUCGAAGAGUCGGCCUCAGAUCCCGUUGAAGUUACUUUACCGCGUCAGGACUGGGGAGUUUGUUUGAGAGCAGAUUAUUGUGCAAGUAGGCCUGCCAGCUCAUUGGGAAGCAGUCCGUGUAGUGAGACUGGUGACGAGGAUGGUGGAGUGAUAGUUCAGUGGAAGUUGUUGUCUGACCUAGCGGUUUAUACGAGCGGAUUUAGAGUGGUAUGGUAUUGUAGCACACUUGAUGAUCGGAUGGAAGUGUCCUUAUCUGGGGAUGCAAAUGAAUAUGGAAUCUGGGCUGUAUCACCAAGUGCUGUGUACACUAUUUACCUGGAGGUACUUGACGAAACAAAAGAAGCUAAAGCUGUGUUUGGUCCGGUUCAUUGUCAGACACCAGGCCCUCCCGCUUCUCCGUGGAUCUGGUGCCGAACCUUGUCUCUGUCUCAGAUUACAAUUGAGUGGAAUGAACCUGUUACAUACGGGAAUGUUAGCAUCAGGGGUUAUCAGGUUUAUCUUAACGAUCGUCGCUUGGAGAAAUUAGUCGACCGAACACAAAGACGAGUCACCUUUCACUGCCAAUCAUCCUGUGUGUACCGUGUAUCGCUCGUGGCUCUUGGAUCAGAUCCUCAGUAUGGUGAUUCCCCCCCAUCUAAUGUCCUGAAACUCUUUACUCCUGCGGCUCAAGUCAACUUAAUGGGACGCAGACCUUCGGUAGGAGUCAAGCGACCAUCUCCUGACUUCACCGUAAAUGUUCCAUCGACUUCAAAUACAAGCUUUUCAUUCGAAUGGACUCACCCCCCGGAAAUAUUAGAUACCGCUGAUCAUUAUGUCAUCAAAUGGAGCUCUGUUGUCCAACCGCAGGUUCAAGAACUAACAUUACCAUUGAUGCGGACCUGUCACAUGAUUAAAGACUGUUCACCAGGAACCAAUCACUUUCUUGUUGUCGCAGCCGUGAAUGCGGCUGGGGGCCUGGUUUCUAGGUCAGAGCAGUAUUUAGUACAAACUUCGGCACCUGUUCAGCAACCUGUCCUGAAAUUGAGAUUGUGUUGUCAGACGAGUAUAACAAUUGAAUGGAGCAAGCCAACCACUUUUGGAGAUGCUGAGAUUGAUCACUACGAGCUUAUGGUUAACAGGAAAUCAGAAGCACAGCUGGAUGUUGAGUUCAGUGAAUACAAGUUUAACACCUUUGAGUCUUGCCACGAGUACACGUUUGUUUUAAAAGCCGUCAGCACUAAACCAACCUGUGACAGCCGCUGGUCGGAGCCUUUGGUAGUCACGUGCCCUGGUUCAGAGAAGCCCCAGAUCGCUAGGAUCCAGUCCCACCAGGUCAACUGUAUAAGUUUGGGAUGGAAGCCACCUCUUCUAAAGGGUGGAGCAGAGGUGGCUAGUUACAAGGUGUAUUACUUAGAAGAUAAUGGAGAAUUGGUGACAAGUGGAAGCUUCACAACAAAUGAAAAGACAAUAAAACACGGUCCACUACCCAGCCAAACUGAAAAGGACGAACUGUUUCCUGUGUCUCCCGACCGUUACUACUGGGUCAUGCUACAAUUAGAGCUCUUACCAGACGACUGCUUGGCAGUUUGCUCUGAACCAAUCAGAACCCGUGCUGCUGUGUCGCCUGACUCACCUCUGAUUAGUUUAGAAGUCGAGUGUUUGGACGAGAGGAGGAGACUGGAAGAGAGAAUAUGUGAACUGACUUACAAGAGAGACAGGCUUCAGAAGAUUGUUAGUUCAUUGAAAAACAGCAUUGUUGUGAAAGGAUCUAGGGAGAAAGAGAACAAGAUUGUUGAGGUCACCAACUCAAGUUUGGAAGUUCAUUCAGAACUCUCUGAUGCACUUGAAGAUAUCAAAGAAUACACAGGCUCUAUUUCAACUCUUAUAAGAUGGUCUAGACCACAUGACGACGGGGACGCAGUUGUAAGCGGUUACCAAGUUUUUGUUGAUGGGGCUCGUUACGGCAAGAUUCUAUCUCAGAGGAGCUUAGAAACUCGUUUGAAGCUGUCUACUGAUUGUCACGUGAUAGCGGUACAGACACUCACUGAUCAUCCAGUUGGACCCAGUUCUCUUUCCAAUCCAGUUGAAGUGUCUGGCUGUGAAUUUCUUCCUUUUGUGUUAUUCUGUUAUUUUGAUGUACACAAAAGAGGUGAAAGUUGCCCUCGUCAUGGUUGCUGUAGCUGGGAAGAUUCUCAUUCUUUCGAGUUUAAACACAGGAGUCAGUCAUCAGGUGAAGUGUUUAGUCCACAAGGAAUCCUGGCCCGUAGAAUUCCCUGUCCCGUAUUGAGUGUAAUGGACGUUUUCAGCGCUCUUUGGCGACCAGUAGCUCCUGUUGGUCUCAACAAGAUGGUUGCUUUGCUGUUUUGGACAAAGUGGUGUUUUUCGUCACAAAAAGUCAUGGAGUACUUCGUUCAGUUUGCAGAGGAAUUCGCGGAUGAGUUCUCAUUUGUCACAUGCUGUGUGCGGAGUGAGGAACCACUUACAUCCCAUCGCCAGGCCCUCGCUGACAUUCUGACCGAACGAGGCUGGCGCAAAAGUACCGACUGCGUCACACAUACUUGUGGCUGCCAUUCCCAGAGGCAGCGGACUCGUCAUGCGCGUCGAGGCGUGAUGAGUAACCCGGAUAUUUGUCAGUUGUUUGGUCUGGUUGGAACACCCACUCUUAUUCUGUUGAACAGCUCAAGUUACAUUUCAUGGCACGGCCGCUGUUCUUGUCAGGACGCGUCAAGUUUUCGCUUAUUUCUUUUGCACAUCUUUUCUCAAGUAAGUCAGACUCUCUGCCCAGUCUCCAGUUGCAGGCACUGUGAACUUGACAAGGAAGAUGAACAAGGAACCAGUAGCCGUGAUGACGAGGAAAACCCCGAAAACAUUUCAAGUAAACAACGCAGAGAAUCAUCUGAAUUGAAGUUUUUACAUCAAAGACUUCACCAAACUAAAUCAGACGAUGCUUUCACUGGGAAACCUUCAACGUCUCAAGGGUAUAAAAAGGAACGUACUAGACAAAAACCAACCACUGCUGUUGGUCGCUCUGCAAGGUCAUCUGGUUAUAACAGGUUAAGCGGGUUUGUUGAAACGUACAAAAGUUACCCUCGUUCUUUUAGUGCAGGUAGAUUCAUUCAUUCCAAUCAGAAUGACCCAGGGUCAUUUACACUGAAAUCUCGUUUUGGCACCCCGCAAAUUAGUAACCAAUCCUCUCCAGGAAGAUUCGCACUCCCGGUUCUUUCCCGGCAACGAACUAAAAGAACUCAUCCACACGAACGAGGCUUAACGCCAAAAGUAAAAACGAAGAUAUCUGUCGAUGACUUUGAUCUCGGGUAGAAAUUCUCUCUGGAGAAUAAACAAAAUUGAGCUCAUCACAAGGAUAAACAUACGUUAAAAACGUUCUUAGGAUAUUUUACACCAAAGAAUAAUCAAUUAAACUAAAGGAUUUUUUGACCAA